CACGAAAUUAACAAAUCCUUAAAGUGCCAGGUUUGCUCAGGAGGUCGUAGACGACAAUAGUAUUUUUGCGGUAAUAACGGUUUGUGUUUAUGUUUGUAAACAAUGAAUGAAGAACUUAAGGAGGAGUCUUUGCAAGAGCUUUAUGCUUGGAUCGACCAAAUCCCUCUUUCCAGACCUAAGCGGAACAUAACGAGAGACUUUAGUGAUGGAGUGAUGGCAGCAGAAGUGGUGAAGCAUUUUUACCCUAAACUUGUAGAGCUGCAUAACUACAUACCAGCAAAUUCAACUCAUCAAAAACUAUCAAACUGGGCAACUCUUAACAGGAAGGUCUUUUCCAAGUUAAACUUUCACAUUACUGAAGAAACAAUAAAAAAGAUAAUUAACUGCACAAAUGGCAUUAUUGAAUCUGUGCUUUGUGUACUGAGAGAGAGACUUGAAGAAAAGCGCACAGGAAAGUGCAUAAGUAAGAGAUAUAAUAAAGUACUUCCACAGGACUUGGAAUAUUACACCAUUUUUGAUGAAAAAGCAAUAGCAGAAACUGGGGAAAAUGUAACCCAGAAGAAAGGCCAAUCACACCCAGAUGACUGGAAGUACCCAGAUAGAUCCGGUCAGAGUAAUAUGCCAAACAAUCAUUUGGAUCCUUCUGUCCGACUGCUAAUUGAAGAAAAAGAGCAAGCAUUGUUAGCUCUGCAGGAAACUGUUGAGAUUCUUCAGAUGAAAGUACACCGGCUAGAGCACCUGGUGCAACUGAAAGAUCUACGAAUUGAAGAUUUGACAAGGCACUUAGAAAAGUAUAAAUUACGAUUAAAAUGAAAAAUUAAUAGAGUUUUGACAACUGAAUGACUAUACAUUUCAAAAAUAAUUUUACCAACCCAUGUAAUACAUUUUCAGUUGAUAAAGUCUAAAAGGACUUAGUAAGAAAUAGGUUUUACUUGUAGAACCUCUUGAUUAAAAAGAAAUCCAGGUAUUAUAAUUAAUUAUUUAAAAAUCAUACAUAAUGGUACAAAUUCGCAUACCACUGGUAAAAAUGUCUUAUGAUCUGGUCGUCUGUUAACAGUAAGAAUAGUAACCUUGUUCUGUAACAGGUGACCCGUGUUUUUAUUUUUUAUGUUUAACGCAACCAUUUAGUUAAACUACAUUUAGACUUUUUCCUAUGGAAUGAAAACUUUUUUUUAUUGACAUUUCUAUCACAGAAUUUAUAUCAGUCUUAAAUAGAACAUGUACAACUAUCUUUUAGAGUUAAAAAUGUGUUGUAUUCUCAGUUUCCCACAUAUAAACUCAUGAUUCAAUUAUCAGGCUGCUGCUGCUGAAAACAAAUCUGGUGACUCCUGCCGCAUACACAAAUGGCCUACCACGGAUAAUUGACAGGCCAUUUUCUAUACCUUACUGCAAACAAACCAUUGCCUUCACCACAUUAGUGAAUUUCUAAAGGAAACACUGCAUAUUAGAAGGUAAACAGGCUUAAGAUCAUUAGGUUUAUUUAAAGCUAUCAUUGUAGAAAAACGAAAUAUAACAGCUCUAUUAGUGCCAUACUGUGUAAUGGUCUGUAUUAUUUUUAAGAAGUUAAUUCUGUACUGAAAAUGUCUUUAAAACCAAUUAUUUAAAAAUGCCUAUUUUGUAGGAAGAAUACCAAUUAUUGAAAUUCAGUGUAACAUAUAUAUUGACACAGGUGGUAACACAUGUUGCAA